AUGGUGACAUCCCCGGCCAUCCUCUGCCUCGUCGCCUGGCUACUGCCCCCCGCCGCCGGGCACCUCUGGGCAUGGAUGUUCUCCUUGCCCCAACACUCGCCCGAUGCGGCCGCCCUGGGCAGGAGCCCCGGCACGGACCUGGAGGAGGUGACCCCGUGCAGCCCGGCCACCCCCUGUGCCCAGGGGCACUUCUGUGACGAGCACUUCGGGCUGUGCCUGCCCACACGGCCCGCGGGGCACUACUGCCGCCACGACCCGCACUGCGCUCACGGCCUCGUCUGCAUGUUCGGCAAGUGCCAGCAGCCCGUGUCCCCCGGGCAGGACGGAGCGCGGUGCGAGCGGGACGAGGAGUGCGGGGCCGGCGGCUGCUGCGCUCGCCAGCACGGGGAGCGCGUUUGCCAGCGGCGCCUGGCGCUGGCCCAGAGCUGCCACGUCCCCCCCGGGGGACUCGCCUUCAGCAUCAACCAAGUGUGUCCGUGCCAGGCCGGGCUGGUCUGCCGGCCCUCCGUGCCCUCCAGAGAGAAAGCGUUCGAGUACCGGCCGGAGAAGAGCGAGUGGCGGUGCCGGCAGCCCUGA